AUGAGAGCAAACACUAACUUUCGGAUAGCCCAAGCUGAACAGGCCGCCGCCGAACAAGCUGCCAAAGCUGAGCAGGCUGCCAAAGCUAAGCAGCCCGUCAAAGCUAAGCAGCCCGUCAAAGCUGAGAAGGCUGCCAAACCCGAGAAGACCAAGGCUAAGCAGCCCGUCAAGACCGACAAGUCCACCAAACCCGAGAAGGCCGCCAAGCAGCCUGUCAAAGCCGAGCAGCCUGUCAAAGCCGAGCAGUCUGUCAAAGCUGAGAAUAGCGCCAAGGCUGAGAAGACUGCCAAAGGUAAACAGCCUGCCAAAGUCGAGCAGUCUGCCAAAUCCGAAAUCACCCAGCUUGCCACGAAGGCUGCGGGUGUGAGCAAAAGGCUCAAACUCACCAUCACCGAGAAGGUCGCCGACACUACGAAGAAACUGACCAGAGCUGCCAAAGCCGCCGCAGCUCCAAAGGUCGAGAAUGAUUCGAAGGUCUCGAGUACUUCCAAGGCUCCAAAAGAAAAGGCCAAAAAGGCCGUGGCUCGCAAAGAAAAUGCAGAGUCCCUUCCGCCUGCCGCUACGGGCUCCACCCCGUCCGGAGAUAGCGAUAACGAGGAUUCCUCCAGCAAGACCCGACGGAAGCUUCAGAAGAAGCCCACGGGCUGUUCCCAGUCCGCUAACUCCUAUCGGACCAUGCGACCGAUCGGGGAAUACCCAACACCUGCGGAAUACCGCGCCGCAGGCGUGAAACCCCACCGCCCCCCGACCUCAGAGAACGCGACUCCUACACUCGGCUCUGACAGCGGGUUUGAGAACCCAACAUUCGACAACGGCCCUGCUGAUAGACUCGCGGAAGCACUGAAAAUCGCUACCGCAGCGCAGUCCCCAGAUGUCGAGACGCCCGUGGACAAUUCCACUCCCGCAAUCGCAAAUGCAGCCAUCAAUAUCUCCGAAUACCAUGCCGUAUUGCGUGAACUCCCCCUACCUCCCUCUCCUUCUGAGCAAUACGACAUGCUCAAGCUUCGAGACCUGAUGCUAUGGGCCCUUGACGACGCCGUCCAAAACGGCAGCUCGGGCGAAUGCAUGGGCCUUGUUCACUUUUGGUACCUGGCCGGCACCGACAACUUCACACUCUCCUUGAUUGAGAAUCUGAGUCGUGGCGGCGAAGCCAACCUACGUAUGUCGAAUGCGCUCCGCUUAUUGCUGAACGAGCUGCAACCUGAGGCCUGCGAGUGGUAUCAAAUCCACACCGGUGGCGUGUCCCUCUUCCCUGUCGAUCAGGUUCCGGUGAGCGACUCAGGUAGAUCGUCUGCCGUGCCAGCUGGUCCCGAUGCUGCAUUCAAGGUCUCCGAUAUCUACCGAGACACCAGUGGUCCUCGCCUCGAGGAACUGUUCAUGAGCGGCAAGUCAAACACCGCUCCGCUCAAGCGUCCUAAGAAACCGCACCCGGCGAAUGAGGCUGCCUACAGGCGCAAACUCGCGUGGGAUUCCGAUCCCCAUCAUGAUGAAAAAAUGCAAGAGAUACGCGCCCGUAUGAGUCGGGCACAACCAACUAUGGCUGAUGUUCAAUAUGCCCAGAGCGCACUCCGUGGCCAGCCCGCACCAGGAAUGAACCCGCUCUGCCAUGUUCACACCUUCGAGGCCAUGCCUCAUUACCCCCCAGGUCCCUAUGACCACUUCUCAGUUUCCUCUGCUACCCGACCCAUUCUAAGAUACCCCGUGCCGGACCAAGAUUCCGAGCCCGAGCCUGCUUCCCCUGUUCCCACCGCUGAUGACACCGCUGAUGACAACGCCAUGGACACUGCUGAAGAUAAUGCCGAGGACAAUGCUGAGGCCACUGCUGCGAAUCAGAAGCGGACUCGCAAUGCCUCCAAGACACCUACUCAGAAGCCUGACAAGAAGUCCGGCAAGAAGCCCGGUAAGAAGUCCGGCAAAGAGCCUCAAAACCCCUCGAAGACGCAGAAGGGCAAGCGGCCACAGCUUGACCGACCACGGUCUGAGCGAUCGGUCUCUGUCGAUACCACCCUAUCCGAGGUCUCUAGCCUCUCCAACUCAUGCUACUCCGUCCGCUACAACGAUUGGACUGCAGAGCAUGGACCACGGCAAAUGCCGAAUUCGAUUGACCCCCCCGACAACAGUGACGAUUGUCAUAAAUGUGGAAAGGGAGGCGAUUUGAUUUGCUGCGAGACUUGCCCAAACUCGUAUCAUUUCACCUGCCUAAACCCCCCCUUGAAUCGCAAGAAUCUACCGGAAGAGUGGCACUGCCCCAAGUGCCAGGUCCGCAACGCCUUUACCACUAUGAUUGCCCAUUCCCAUAAGCUCAAGAAGACUGAGAUGGAUGUACCCCUGGACAUCCAGGAACACUUUGCUGGAGUCGGCGAAGUCAUUGUGAGCGCUGAUGCGGGAGUUACUCGGGAUCUGAGGGACCAACGACAUUACAAGUCCGUGCCCCACCUGCCGCGGCUGACUAAAGCGCCCAAGCAAGAUACGCCAAUUCCAUAUGCAACGCUUCUCCGUGAAUUCGACAACAAGGGAGAACCCAUCCGCUGUGGCAAGUGCGGCAAAUCAUCACAAGGUCGCCCCAUCAUCACCUGCGAUUAUUGCCCUUGUCGAUUCCAUCUUGAUUGUCUCGAUCCACCCAGGGCUGUGCCCCCAAAUCCAAAAAACGGAUGGAUGUGUCCUAACCAUGUUACUCCUGACGACAUGGCGGUCACCAUGGAGAUGAACGGCAACACACAGACGCGUCGUGUACGUCGAACCAAGAACAUGUCCUUCGUGGACUGCGACGUCCUUCUUCCAGACGACCCCAAUCAAAGUCUGUUUGAUGAAGAAUGGAGGGAAAAGCGCUCCCGCGUCCUGGGCGGCGACGUCGCCCUGAAGUUCAUCGACGCCGUCAAGCGCGAUCAUCAUGAUCGCGCUUGCGCUCAACAUGAGCGACAGACUCAGUUUGUCGCUCAUGUUGAGCGCAAGUGCCUCGAUCUGGCUCGCCAGAUGACCUGCCAAUUCCUGGCGGGCCAGGUCGAGGUCGAGGGAGGGCGGGAGCAAUCCUCAGAGCUCCCGCCCUCCCUCGAGGAGGGUGUGUCGGGUGCAGUCCGCGGUGUCAUCGAUGCCGCGGGCUGCACCCGCGAGGCAUUUGAGGCUGCCUCCACCCUCCUGGGGCUGUCCCGGGGCUUCGGCCGGGACAGCCCCAGCCCCUCGCGCCCCCGUGAAAAGCGGGGGCGCGAGGAUGAGGGCCCUCCUUUGGAGGGCCCGGCGGCGCGCAAGCGUCGUCUCACCCCCGAGGCUGGGGAAUCCCCAGCCCCGGCCCCGGAGCCCUCUCGCGCCAAGCGCGCACGGGAGGAGGAGGGCUCCGAGGGCCCGGCGACCCAGAAGCGUCGCCGCAGCCUCGGGGGUGAGGCUUCUGAGUCUGAGCUCUGA